AUCCCGGACGGGGUCCGAUUCAAGUUGGAAAUGGGACAUGAACAUAGGAUUUUAAUACAUCCAUUUCGUUCCUCUUGUGUUCCAGGAAGCAGGGAAACGGCCUUCCUGCACGCCAUCGUGUCGGCGGGAGUGGCGUACGGCGUGGCCCGGGCCUGCAGCACCGGAGAGCUGCAGGAGUGCAGCUGCAGUAAAGCCAAGACCAAACCGCCUCCAGGCGCAGAGUCGGCCGGCGGAGAGUGGGAGUGGGGAGGAUGUUCCCAUAACAUCAGGUUCGGAGACAACCUGUCCAAAGAGUUUAUGGACGCCAAUGAAGUGGCCGCAGAUGAUACUGGACUGAUGAACCUACACAAUAAUGAAGCGGGAAGAAAGGCAAUCAAGUCAAACAUGAAGGUUACUUGCAAGUGUCAUGGUGUGUCCGGUUCUUGCGCCACCAUGGUCUGUUGGGAAUCCAUGCCGAGCUUUCGACAAGUCGGGGACCUUAUCAUGGGAAAGUACCACGGUGCCACGUACGUCAAGAUAAACAAAAAAGGAUCAAGAUUACGCCAGAGAAACAAAAGACACAAACGCCCCACGGCGCAUGACGUCGUGUAUCUGGAUGAUUCUCCCGACUACUGCGAAGUCGACGUGGCCAAGGGGUCGUACGGAACGCACGGGCGGAAAUGUAAUAGAACAAGUGCGGGUGUAGACGGCUGUCAGUUGCUCUGUUGUAACAGAGACUUCGUGUCAAGAGAGGAGAUCACAGAAGAGAGUUGCAACUGCAAAUUCAAAUGGUGCUGCGAGGUCACUUGUAAGAAAUGCAAGAAGAAAGAGCUCGUACACUACUGUAAAUAGCGUGAGUGUGGACUCAAGGAGACAUGGUUUGGCGUCAAGCAACUGGACGUCAAGAAGAUUUAAGCCAGAAUCACAAGUUAACGUGACAGUCUUGUACAUUACAGAAUUGCAAGUCAAUGUGAUAAAGUCCUGUACAUUAUAUAUACACGCCAUGAUGUUAGAGGUGUUGAUUGAUUCAAGACCGCAAUCACCAAUUAGCGGUAUUUGGAAACCAUACCGGACUGGCAUCCAAGUAAUGUAAUAAUUAUUAAUGUUUCAAAGAAUGAAAUAAUCUAAUUAUGUAUGGAAAUAGUGCUAAUACAUACGAUAGCACUCCAUUGUCAUGUAUCAAUUGCUAUGCAUGUACCCAUUCCAAAGAACUGAAUUAAGCAUCAAAUUAGCAAACGUUGCAAAGUAGAGGUAUGAAAAGACACUUUUUGUGGGGUGAGUGUAUUACAGGAUUUAGGACAAGCCUUAGUCGGGUCCUCGGUGUACAAAUCAGGACUAGAACAAACCAACCUUUUUGAUUGAAUAAAACAACAAAGUACUA